CUUCGUUUCCCCAACCCGCCUCGGUUCUCCAGGAGCUAGCUACCCCACAUUCUACCGGCGCUUGACUGUUUCUAGUAAGCCCAGCCGAUACCCACGCUUUCUGUUUCGAUGAGAGGUCCGUUCGGUAGCUCGGCUUAGCGCGGUUCAAGAAGUGCGGAGAGUGGAGAUGAGGGGGAGCUGGGAAUGCCCCGAUGAUCGGAUCGGAGGAGCAGCAAAUAUCAAUGGAGGCGACAUACCCAAGCCAUCCUGGAUGGAGUGAGCACCAUGUUUUCCGUCGGCAAUUUGCUGUCGUCGAUGUUGCCUCUUUCUCUGCUAGAUUACAACCCAACCUAGGUACAUACUCCUGGAUCAACAACCCAGGCUCGUGGCUUUAUUUCGGAACCUCUUCCCUUGGUCUAGUGCCGCCGCCUGCAGUGCCUGGUCGGGUUUAAUAAAGCCGGCCAAUAGACGCCAACGUCUCUGAUCCAGCCGAACUCUGCCGACCGCUAUUUGGGCCGGCUCGUACUCUCGCCACCAUCCCCUAGUUUGCUCCCUUCCUCCUCUCCUUAUUCUCCUUCUCUUUCUAUAGCUCGGCCGCAGCAUCCUAUCCGACAUGCGUCGAGCGAUAUCGCGGAGCCUGUCCGCCAACACCUCCCGCGCACAGUCGGCAACAGCAGCAACAGCAGCACCCCUCUCGCUCCUCGCCCUCUCCCGAGCCGGGCGGCCGGCCCCAGCAGUAGCGAUGGCGUCACCACGGUCCAGUACGGCGGCGAGGAGGCUGCACGCGACGGCGCGGCACCUCGCCCCGGCGUCGGCGGCCAUGGUCUCGACGGCCACGAGCUACCCGACCACGCACGACAAGAUCGCUAACGUGACCGACACGCCCUACUUUAUCGAUAACAAGUUCGUUGCCUCGGAGGCCACCAACUUGAUCGACCUGCACGACCCGGCGACCAACAACCUGGUGACGCGGGUGCCGCAGAUGACCGACGCCGAGCUCAAGGCCGCCGUCGCGUCGGCCGAGCGCGCCUUCCCGACCUGGCGCGCCACGUCGGUCCUGGCGCGCCAGCAGAUUAUGUUCAAGUUCGUCGGCCUGAUCCGCGAGAACUGGGACCGGCUCGCGGCCAGCAUCACGCUCGAGCAGGGCAAGACGUUCGCCGACGCCAAGGGUGACGUGCUCCGCGGGCUGCAGGUGGCCGAGGCGGCCUGCGGCGCCCCGGAGCUGCUAAAGGGCGAGGUGCUCGAGGUGGCCAGGGACAUGGAGACGCGCACGUACCGCGAGCCCCUGGGAGUCGUGGCCGCCAUCUGCCCCUUCAACUUCCCCGCCAUGAUCCCGCUCUGGUGCAUCCCCAUCGCCACCAUCACGGGCAACACGCUCAUCCUCAAGCCGUCCGAGCGCGACCCGGGCGCGGCCAUGAUCCUGGCCGAGCUGUGCCAAAAGGCCGGUUUCCCCGACGGUGUCGUCAACGUGGUGCACGGCGCCCACCGCACCGUCGACUUCAUCCUCGACGAGCCCGCCAUCAAGGCCGUCUCGUUCGUCGGCGGCAACAAGGCCGGCGAGUACAUCUACUCGCGCGGCAGCGCCAACGGCAAGCGCGUGCAGGCCAACCUCGGCGCCAAGAACCACGCCGCCGUGCUGCCCGACUGCAACAAGAACCAGUUCCUCAACGCCGUCACGGGCGCCGCCUUUGGCGCCGCCGGCCAGCGCUGCAUGGCCCUCAGCACCCUCGUCAUGGUGGGCGAGACCAAGGAGUGGCUACCGGAACUGGCCGAGCUGGCAAAGGGCCUGAGCGUCAACGGCGGCUUCGAGCCCGGCGCCGACCUGGGCCCCGUCAUCACGCCGCAGAGCAAGGCCCGCAUCGAGUCGCUGAUCGCGAGCGCCGAGGAGGAAGGCGCCACCAUCCUGCUGGACGGGCGCGGUUACAAGCCCGCCAAGUACCCGGACGGCAAUUGGGUCGGCCCCACCAUCAUCACGGGCGUGACGCCGGAGAUGAGGUGCUACCGCGAGGAGGUCUUCGGCCCCGUGCUCGUGUGCCUCGAGGCCGGCUCGCUCGACGAGGCGGUCGAGCUCAUCAACGCGAACGAGUACGGCAACGGCGUCGCCAUCUUCACCCGCUCCGGCCCCACGGCCGAGUCGUUCCGCCGCGACAUCCAGGCCGGCCAGGUCGGCAUCAACGUGCCCAUCCCCGUGCCCCUGCCCAUGUUCUCCUUCACGGGCAACAAGCGCAGCGUCGCCGGCGGCGGCGCCAGCACCUUUUACGGCAAGCCCGGCAUCAACUUCUACACCCAGCUCAAGACCGUCACGGCCCUGUGGCAGUCGGCCGAUGCCAUCGCCAAGAAGGCCGACGUGGCCAUGCCGACGCAGAGCUGAGUUUUGGUUGGUGCAGUCAAAGAAACAAACGUGCCGAAUAACUGGGCUGCGGGGACUUGUCCUUUUUGCUUGUUGGAGACGCUGGUGGGUGUACACCCAAUGUGCCUUUGGGGCACCCGCCCUGACCAAAAAAGUCUGGACCGCAAAUUUUUUCCCCACCACCACAAAAAAAAGGAGCUCAUUCAAUCUGCAAUUAUUUUACCCCCUGCAUUUAUAAAAAGCGAAAAACGUUAUUGUGGCUAUAAGUAAUGCUUUUUGCAUUAAAAUAAUUACAAAUUCCUUAAACGCGUGUUUUUUUAGGUGUAGAAUGCGGCGCGGGCAUGUUGUUUGGCUUUGGUGCUGGUGCAAUUGUG